AUGCAGCUAGCUGCAUCUAGGAUACAUAGUGAUCCACCUCAUCUUCUUGAACGUAAAGUGGAGCCUCUUUCCGAAAUUUCUCGCUCCUUCACGGUCAUAGCUCUUCGAAAUCAUCAGACUGCUGGAACUCCUCAAGGGAAAGCUUUAUCUAAGGACGACGACGGCGAACGCAAUGACAAUUUCGACGAAGACGACGACGAAGUCGAUGACCACAGUAACGACACCAUCGACGAAGACAAGGACAACAUUUAUGAAGACGACGACGAUGAAGUCGACGAGCAAAAUGAUGACAACCUCGAUGAAGAAAACGAAGACGACGUCUACGAACACAACCUCGACGAGGACAAGGAUGACAUAACAGUAACGACGACGACGUCGACGAACACAACAGUAACGGCGACGACGACGAAGAUGAACUGA